AUGGAAGAUAGUAUUAACCAAGAAGCAACUGCUGAUAACAAUGCUUCUGUGAAUAAUAACAUGCCUGCCGAUACUCCUAUUCCGAAUGAUGCUGCUAACGAUAGUCAUUCACAAGGUUCUUCUAACCUUAGGGGAAAAACAGAUUUAGCUUGGAAAUAUGUUGCUCUACAACACGUGAAUGGAAAACCACAAUAUCAAUGUUUAUUUUGUCUACAAGGUUUCAAUGGAGGUGGAAUUCACAGGAUGAAGAAACAUCUAGCAAAGAUGACUGGAGACGUGAAAAAAUGUCCUAAAGUUCCAUAUGAUGUGGAAAAACAGAUGGAAAGUUUGUUGAAAGAUAUUCAGGCCAGCAAAAAGAAAAGAAAAGAAAGUUUUGGUGAAGAGGGUGGUGAUGAGGCAAUAGCUCAAGAAGAACAGGAACAGCAGCGUACCUCGAGUCAGCAAGGAGUUGGAGGCGAUCCAAAGAAAAAAGCCAAAGUCAUUCCUCCUAUGUUUGCACCAAGAACAACUCCAGGAGCUCAACCAAGUAUUAAAAGUGUUAUGCAAAACAAAGAGGCGAUACACGAGGUUGAUAAACGAUUUGCUCGGUGGCUUUUGGAUUGUAAAAUUCCAUUUAAUGCUGUGAUGUCGCCAUAUUUCCAAGAUAUGUUGGAUGGUGUUGCUGGUAUUGGACCUGGUUAUAAGGGGCCUUCUUAUGAUAAGUUAAGGGUUCAUUUGUUGGCUGAUCUUAAAAGAGAAAGUCAAAUGCUAGUUGAUAGUUAUAGGAGUGUAUGGAAGGAAACUGGAUGUACCCUCAUGGCUGAUGGUUGGACAGAUCAAAGACAAAGAACGUUAAUCAAUUUCUUGGUGUAUUGUUCUAAAGGUUUGUGCUUUCUGAAAUCAGUAGAUGCUUCCAGUAUGGUAAAAAAUGCUUCACACUUGUGUACUUUAUUUUCUGAGGUGAUUGAAUGGAUUGGCCCAAAUAAUAUUGUGCAUGUUGUGACUGACAAUGCGGCCAAUUAUGUUGCUGUUGGUAGGCUUAUCAAUAGAAAAUAUGAUAAUAUCUAUUGGUCACCAUGUGCUGCUUAUUGCCUUAAUCUUAUUUUAAAAGAUAUAAGCAGCAUGGCGCAUAUUUCUAACCUUGCAAUUCGUGCUUCAAAGAUCACAGUAUUUGUGUACAAUCAUAUGGUUUUCUUAUCUUGGCUAAGAGAAAGACCUAAGUGGAGAGAAAUUGUACGUCCUGGUGCAACCCGGUUUGCAACUGUGUUUAUUACAUUGAAGAGCAUCUUUGACCGUAAAAAGGAGUUGCAACAAUUGGUUGUAGAUUCAAUUUUCACUGAUCACAAAUUAGGAAGGAGUGCUACUGGUAGAGCUGUGAAUGCUAUUAUUCUGGAUGCCAAAUUUUGGGACGAUUGCUUUACUGUAUGUAAACUUGUGAGCCCUCUGAUUUACUUGCUGAGGGUUGUUGAUGCUGAUGACCCCCCAUCUUUGGGGUAUGUUUAUGAAGGAAUGCUAAGGGCAAAAGAUGCAAUUAAGGAGAUGUUUAGGCAAUCCAAGACUGCAUAUCAGCCAAGCACCUGA